UUGCUGUGUUUUUUUAGAAAAGUUAUAAAGGCCCUGUACAGUAGUAACAAAACCUCACACACUUUAGUCAGAGUGUUUUAGUACCAGGUACAGACAGCAUCAGCAACCGAUAGUAUACUCGCAGUUACAGUAUUACCUGCGGCGUGACUGAGACACUGAGUUGCUUCUUCAUCUAAUCUUACAUGUUUGGUUGCUAAGAUAUCGAAAUGAAGUUGAAGGUGGUGUGGAGGAAAGUUUCUGAUUACGUUCGAUAUGAUUUGAAGGAAAUUGCAUUUCCAUCGUCUUUACCUGACCCGCCUCAUUUUAAGAAGCGCAGAAAAUUAACUUGGAAAGAGCGUUACUUAGUUUUGAAAGAAGCAUCUAGGUUGUAUUGUGCAAGCUGGGUAAGGGAUAUCGGUCCUGAUCUUCGCCCAAAUGAUUACAAGGCGAAUGAGUGGAGUGAAGAUAAGCCCAAUGGGGUAGGCAAUAUAAACAAACAGAAAGAGCCCUCAACUUUAGAAGAUCUUGCGGUGGCUGCAAGAGGUGGCAUGGAGGCUCUUAGGCCAGCUUUGCAGCGUGUUUACAUGACAAGAGCUUCAGCUUAUAGAGAUGGUCUCAAGAGCUUUAUACAAGGGUAUCAAGAAGGUAUCAAAGAAGUCAUGGAGAAGAAAGAAGAAUAUGAUUCUCAGCAGAAAGAAGACAGCGAAAAGAAAGGAGACAUCAAGAAGGCGUCCUGAAGGACCUUAGCGCUCAAUAAAACAUAUCAGUUUGUGAGUUUUUCUGCAUAUCAACUGUUGCAACUGAAUGUGUAUUUUCAGUGUGAUAGUAUAGAAGAUCUAGAAUGAAUUUGCUGUUAUAUAAGAAAGUUAUGGUGACUAUAAUAAUGGAAAAUUUCAGCAUCUCCCUUUUCGAUUC